CCUCUCUUCUCCAUUAUGGACAGAGAAUACACUGAGACGCCUCCGGCCUCACGCCCAGCUGAUAUGGGGACCAACGGGGCCAUGCGGCUGGGUUCAGCAAUCCUCGGUUUACUCCUGCUCCAAGGCUACAGCUCUCAGCCUACGACAACUCAGACCUCUCAGGGGCUCUUCAGGAGUCCGAGCCCGCAGACAGUUUCUCUCAGCUCAGGAGACAAAUCUUCCUCAGAGCCUGGCAGCUCAAGGCUUCUCCUGAGCACCGCUACCCCAGAAAUUCUAGAGAAGGCCUCUCAAGGCUCCUUGGGAUCCAGUCAGCCUGUAACGCCCAGGUCAAGCACCACGGAUCAUCACUCCUUUUCCUUGCCCGGCUUGAUGUCGUUCCAGCCACAGAAGCACACAUUGGGACUUAGCACAGGGACCCCAGACAGCAGCAGCAGCAGCAGCAGCAGCAGCAGCAGCAGCAGCAGCAGCAGCAGCAAUGUCAAUGACACAAGAGAAGAAGUGUCUCUGAAUGCUACUCCCAGUUCAGGGACCGCAAGCCUGCGGACCGGGGAAGAGGUGACUGUCAUGCCCAGCCCCACGUCAGAGUCGGUGCUAACCGUGGCAGCCUUUGGUGUUAUCAGCUUCAUUGUCAUCCUGGUGGUUGUGGUGAUCGUCCUCGUCAGUGUGGUCAGUCUAAGGUUCAAGUGUCGGAAGAACAAGGAGUCUGAAGAUCCACAGAAACCAGGGAGUUCAGGGCUAUCUGAAAGCUGCUCCACGGCCAAUGGAGAGAAAGACAGCAUCACCCUCAUCUCCAUGAAGAACAUCAACAUGAAUAAUAGCAAAGGCCGCACCUCAGCAGAAAAGAUUCUUUAAAAGUGACCUUGAGUUGCCAUGGGUCCAAGUGUGAUGCAGAUGCCCACUGACCAUGAGGAAGAAGAAGAGAUGAGAUUGUUGAAGGCAACAGACCACAUAUAAAUUAUUUUGUUUCAUGUCUGCUCCCAGCUCUAAAGGAUAUCGAAUUCCUCUAGAUCCAGAAGCAGCUUACCAUAUGAGAAACUGUGUCCCAUGUGGAAGCCACUCUAGACAUUUGGCCUGCUCUCCUUCCUCCUCAGAAACUAAGGAAUGAGGAGUCAAUAGAGCAAGAGCCAAGUAAUAAGGUAGACUGGUCCAUUCUACUCACAUUAAAAUUAUUUUUCUGGC